AUGGUUCAGAUUCAGAGGUUUGAGGCUGAGCUGCAGGGUUGUGUGGAGGCGCUCGACCGCAGCGUGACACAGAACUCUGCAGAGAUCCGAGAACAGCAACGAAUGUUGAAACCCAACAUGACAGAUGAUGACCAAUCCCUAAAGCGCCACAGCAGCAAUGAACUCCUGCGACCUACCUUGACGGAUGAUGACCAAUCCUGUGGCAGCAAUGAAUUCCUGCCACCUAAAUUCUCUACACUGAGGAUUGUGCUGGUGGGGAAAAGUGAGGACAAAAAGACAAAACUUGGUAACUUCAUUACUGGGAAAGAAGAAUUUCAUUGCCAAAAAAAAGCCUCCUGUGUGGCCGCCUGUGGAGAGUGGAGAGGAAAACCAUUGACUGUAGUAAAAACUUCAGAUAUCUUCAGUCAGUCUGAGCAGACAGCGAAAGAAGAGGUGACGAAGUGCAUGAAUCAGUGUUUCCCUGGACCAAAUGUUCUGCUGCUGUUAGUGAGACCUUCUAAGUUCAGUGAACAUGACAAAGAAAGACUGAAGUUCAUCCUGAGUUUGUUUGGCCGAGAUGCUUUUAAACACUCCAUGGUCAUCAUCACACACAAGGAGAAAGAAACAAGUUUCAAUGUGAGUCAGCUCCUUAAAGACUGUGGAGUAAGAUACUACAACAUGUUUGACGAUGACCACAAACAAUUAAUGGAGAUGAACAUUGAGAACAUUGUUCAUGAAAACAGAGGAACCUUCCUCACCUUCACUGGGGAGACCAGAAGACCAAAGUCUUUAAACCUGGUUCUGUGUGGGAGGAGAGGAGCAGGGAAGACUUCAGCAGCCAAGACCAUUUUAGGUCAGACAGAGCUUCAUUCAGUCUCCAGCUCAUCAAAGUGUGUUAAACAUCAGGGAGAGGUGUGUGGACGUUGGGUUUCUCUGGUGGAGCUGCCUGCCUUGUAUGGAGAACCUCAGGAGGCGGUGAUGGAGAAAUCAUUCAGGUCUAUCUCCCUCUGUGAUCCUGAGGGUGUCCAUGCCUUCAUCCUGGUCCUACCUGUGGAUCCCCUCACUGAUGAAGACAAGGGAGAGUUAAAGACCAUCCAGAACAUGUUCAGCUCUCGAGUCGAUGACUUCACAAUGAUUCUGUUCACUGUGGAGUCAGAUCCUACAGCUCCAGCUGAUGAUGACUUUAUAAGAAAGAACAAAGACAUCCAGGAGCUCUGUCAGAGCUGUGGAGGAAGAUAUGUUAUUCUCAACAUCAAGAACAAGCAGCAGAUCUCUGAGGUGUUGGAUACUGUAGAGAAGAUGAGACCUCACAAGGAUGAACCAUGCAGCUAUACAGCUAAAACAUUUUCACAUGCCCAAAUAGAGAAGGACAUACAAAAAGAGAAAAUCAUCACCACACUUCAGGCUGAGAUUAAGGGAUUGAAGACACAAAGCACAAUCAACUGUGAUGAUGAGAAACAGAGCUCAGAGUGUCUUAGGAUUGUUCUGAUAGGGAAGACUGGCAGUGGAAAGAGCUCUUCAGGAAACACCAUUCUGGGAAGAAAAGAGUUUGAAGCCAAAUCAAACCAAACAUCAGUCACCAAACAGUGUCAGAAAGCACAGAGUGAAGUGGACGGUCGUCGUGUCGUCGUGGUCGACACUCCUGGUCUGUUUGACUCGACUUUGUCCCAUGAAGAGGUUAAUGAGGAGAUGGUGAAAUGCAUCAGUCUUCUGGCUCCAGGACCACAUGUCUUCCUGUUGGUGUUACAGAUUGGUCAUAGAUUUACACCAGAAGAGAAGGAGACAUUAAAACUCAUUAAAGAAUGCUUUGGGAAGAAUUCAGAAAAAUUCAUCAUCAUUCUUUUAACAGGAGGAGACACACUGGAGGAUGAGGAGCGGUCCAUUGAAGAUUACAUUAAGGCAUGUGAUGAUUCCUGUAAGAAGUUGAUUGCUGACUGUGGAGAAAGAUACCAUGUGUUUAAUAACCGAGAUAAACAAAACUGCUCACAAGUCAGUGAGCUGAUAAACAAGAUUGACUCCAUGGUGAAGGAAAAUGGCGGCAGCUGCUUCACCAAUGAGAUGCUGCAAGAGGCUGAGGCAGCAAUAAAGAAGGAAGUGGAGAAGAUCCUGGAGGAGAAGGAAGAAGAGAUGAAGAUAGAGAAGGAGGAGCUUAGAAGAAGUUAUGAGGAAGAACUGGAGGCAAUGAAAAUACGAAUCAAAAAACAGAGUGCAGAGAUCGAACAGGAGAGAGAACUGAGAGAGAAACAACUUCUGGAAAAGGAGAAAAACAUUCAGAAAGAACGAAAAGGGAGAAAGAAAGAACAGGACGAGAGAGAAGAAGAAGACAAGAGGAAGAGACAACAGGAAGAAAUUCAGCGACAGGAGUGGGAGAAAAAACUUAAAGCUCUGGAGGACAAUAUUAAAGAAAAAGAAAAUAUUGAUAAAGAGCUGGAGGAGAGUAAAAAAGAAAUGAGAAAUCAACGAGAGGCCUGGGAGAAGGAACGCAAAGAAUCAUGGGAAAAAAGAAAACGAGAAGAAGAUGAAAGAAGAGCAAAGGAGCAAGAAAGCCUGAAGAAGCUCCAAGAACAAUACGAGCAGGAAAGAGAAAACUAUGAAAAGAAAAGAAAAGAAGAAGAUGCUAACAGAAGAAAACAGGAAGAAAAGGAGCGAAAAAAGUUAAAAGAAAACUUUAAUGAAGAGUUGUACAAUAUGAAGAUAAAGUAUGAAGAGGAGAUCAGAAAAAAGGCUGAAGAGUCCAAUGAAUUCAUGAAGAAAAAAGACGCAGACUUUGCAGCUCAAAUAGAGAAACAUUUUGAGGAAGUGAAGGAACUGAAGCAACAGCAUGAGGACGAAAUGCAGAAGAAGCAGGAGGAAUAUGAGAGUUUGAAAGAACUCGCAGACAAUAAAGAGAAAAAUCUGAGACAAGUCAUGGAUGACCUGCAGAACAAACAUAAGGGAGAAAUGACUGACUUGAUACUUCUACUUCUGACCCAAAAGAAAGAAAACAGGAAAAAAAUAAAGACAAUGCAGGAACAACACAAAAAGGAGCAACAAAAUCAGAGGGAACAAUUGAAUAAAUUACUGAAACAACAAGAGCAAAAACUGAAUGACUUCAAAGAGCAAAUUCUGAAAGAAAGCAAAAGAAAUGAGAAAGAAAAAAUAGAAGAACUGCAGAAGAAACAUGAAAAAGAGAUGAAAGAGUUGAGAGAGAAAAUGGAGGGAGACGGUCAGGAGGAAGAAGAGGAGGACCUGCAAAGGAAACAUGAACAAGAGAUGAAUAGCUUGAAAGAGAAACUUCUGACCCCAGAGGAGCAAUCGUCCUGUUGCAUUGCAUGA